AUGUCCAAAGGGAAGAUCUUCCUUCUAAUUAAAGCCAAUGCUCAAGAAGCAGCCAAGAAGAGACUCAUGAUGAGUUUCUAUUUCCAAAUCCAUCCUUCCAUUCUCAGCAAGUUAAUUCCAGUAGUUGGAGACAUUGCAGAAGAUAACUCUGAAACAUCACUCAAGAUUAGUGAGGAGAUUGAUAUCAUUAUCAGUUCUGCUGCUCGCACAACCUUUGCCGACAGGUUCCUCUGUUUCUUUUGCUCUGUUUUUUUUUGGUUCUGUUUCUUUUGUUCUCGUUUCACCUAAACAAACGAAACAGGUGCGACUCUUCUCUGAGCUUCAAGGCUCUUGGAACUGGUCGGCUCUUGAUCUUCGCCAUAAUGUUAUUUUGUGAGAACCCGAGACCCAGAGCUCAGAUACAUGGCUGGGAAAACACCUAAACGUUCACAAAAGGCAUGGGUGAAACCGUAAUCCGGAGUAACCGAGGAGAGCUGCGUAUAGUGAUCAUAAGGCCAAGCAUUAUUGAAAGCUCCAGCGAUCUUGGCGUAUGGCAAAGGACACCUUCCUGGAUUUUGAGGAGAUCCUCAAGCUUUGGUUGACAUUGUACCUAUUUAUAUGGUUGUGAACGCAGCCAU